GUUUUAAAUGGGCUUUUGAGCCUUUCACAUUAUCUAUGUAAUUUUCGAUUUUAUCUUCCUUUUCUUUUCACCUUCUCGACGAACACACCUACACAAAAAUCAAUCACAGUCUCUGUCUCACUCGCCGGAGUUUCGGUCACUGCGCCAUCUCCGGGGUCGAGUUCGUCGUACUUCAUCGAACUAUGAACUCUCAUGAUAUCGAUGAUCAGUUAGAAGCAGAUGUAUACAGUAACUUGCCUUCUCGAAAUGAUUCUUCAACAGGGAGGAGAAAUCGAAACUCGUGUAGAUCGAAACACUCAGAGACUGAGCAACGAAGAAGAAGCAAAAUCAAUGAAAGAUUUCAGAGUUUAAUGGAUAUUAUACCUCAGAAUCAGAAUGAUCAGAAACGAGAUAAAGCUUCUUUCUUGUUGGAGGUUAUAGAGUAUAUUCACUUUCUUCAAGAAAAAGUUCACAUGUAUGAAGAUUCUCACCAAAUGUGGUAUCAAUCCCCAACCAAAUUGAUUCCUUGGAGAAAUAGUCAUGGGUCUGUUGCGGAGGAAAAUGACCAUCCUCAAAUCGUUAAAAGCUUUUCAAGUAAUGAUAAAGUUGCUGCUUCUUCGGGUUUUCUCUUGGAUACGUACAAUUCAGUAAAUCCUGAUAUUGACUCAGCAGUUAGCACCAAGAUUCCUGAACACAGUCCUGUUUCAGCAGUUUCAUCGUAUCUACGUACCGAGCCUUCGCUGCAGUUUGUUCAGCAUGACUUUUGGCAACCAAAAACAAGUUGUGGAACAAUUAACUGUUUUACAAAUGAAUUGUUAACAUCUGACGAAAAAACAUCAGCCAGCUUGUCCACUGUCUGCUCACAAAGGGUACUUAACACUCUAACUGAAGCACUUAAGUCAUCGGGUGUUAACAUGUCAGAGACCAUGAUAUCUGUGCAGUUAAGCCUUCGGAAAAGAGAAGAUCGCGAGUAUUCUGUUGCUGCGUUUGCUUCUGAGGAUAAUGGUAAUAGCAUCGCUGAUGAAGAAGGGGACUCUCCUACUGAAACUAGAAGCUUCUGCAAUGAUAUUGAUCAUUCCCAGAAGAGAAUAAGACGAUAAGAUCUGGUUUUCUAUUUUCUAUGUUAUGACAACUGUUUGAUAAUUUUGUUACUUUCGGUGAGUCAGGAUCAGUAGGUGUAGAUACUACUUUUAUCGUGCUGCAACUAUUUUAAAUGAUAUAGUAAAAACUAAGUAGAAUGAUGUAACAAGUUUCGCAAAUCUAUAACAAGAGUUUGCUCCAUUUAAUGGUACUUUAAGUAUAUGGUCUCUUAGAU